CAACCAAUCGUAAUUUAGUAAAAAAAGUAAAAAAAUAAAAAAUAACUGAUUUUCGGCUCUUGUUCUCUUUUUAGAUCCGCCGUCGCCCCGUCAAUCAUGACAAAGGGUACAUCUAGCUUUGGUAAACGCCAUAAUAAGACACACACGUUGUGUCGACGAUGUGGUCGUUCAUCUUAUCACAUUCAAAAAUCAGAAUGUGCACAAUGUGGAUACCCAGCUAAAAAAAUGCGUUCCUACAACUGGUCCGUCAAGGCCAAGAGGAGGAAGACCACUGGUACUGGCCGCAUGCGUCAUCUUAAAAUUGUCCGCAGGAAGUUCAAGAAUGCAUUCAGAGAAGGUGUUCCAAAACCAAAAGCUGUUGCUGCCAAGUAAUUUUACUCCAAUGUCAAAAAUUAAUACUGAACUACAUGUUGGUUAAUGAUUUAUCAAUAAUAAAAAACAGGAGUAAUUACAAUUUA